GCUGUUCUACCCGAAGUGAUUGCGGGAGCCGCCGCCGGCUUCAAGUCUGCAGCGGGAUUUGGCGAGGCUCCCGUCGUGCCUUGCGCCGUCUCCAUAGCUACCGCCCGGCGGGCGUCCGCCGUUGCCUAGGCCGCGGCGGCCUCACGGGGAGGCGGGAUGGGCCCCGGGUCGCCGCUGCGGUUCUUCCCGAGGCUCCUCGCGGCCUGCCUUCUCCUGCCGCUGUCCUCCUCCACGGAAGCGCCAACGAGCGCGGCCACCUCGGAGCCCCCGACCGGCUGGGAUGAGGCCACGUCGGGGGCGCCGACAGCGGGUACCCCGCCUCACCCGACCCCUAGUCCCGGCCAGGCCUCCCCUAGUCCGGGCCCCGCCAGCAGCCCUGCGUGGACUUCCGACCCGGGCCCCUCCAGCAGUGAGCCCCGUCCAACAGACGCGGCGGGGGUGCCCGUCCCUUCGGAGCCGCCGGACCCCGGAACGACUCCCCGACCUGGUCCGUGGCCCGCGCCUGUGACCGACGGUGAGCCCCCAGCCCCGCCAUGAGCGAUGUGGGGAGGGUAGGAAAGGGAAGAAGCGGUAGGCCCGGCGGCUAAAUGGAGCCUCCCGAUACAGGGGGAGUCUACCUCGGAACCGCAGCGCAGGCUCGACAGAGGGGCGUCUCUACGUGGCCAGUUUCCUGGAGGCCUCCGUCGUAGUGGCUGUUCAAAGUAGGAUGCUGAGCAGUGCGGACUUCUGGCCCUGUCAGUGGUGCAGUUCUGAUGUUGUUAUUCACCUGUAUUUCCCCCAAAAAAUUUUUAAAAUUAAUUUUCCAAAAAAAAUUAAACAUAAAUCUCAACUGUAUUUAAACCAAUCUUAGUAACAUUGUUAAGUGACUUCCUCGAAUUCCCCUCGUUGAAUUUCAGUGUAUAUCAUUAUAACAGUUUUCCAAAACCAAUUUUCUUAUAAAAAUAACUUAAUCACUUGACAUCUUUCUUUCUUUCUCUUUUAACUUUAAACCUAUUAAUCUCUAACAUGAUCUGUUUAAAUCCUAAGCCUAUCUGGUAUUUGCAAGUUUUUCCAAUUAAAUUAUCUUAACAUAUUUAACUAAAUAGUCUUUGAAUUUCAUCCAUUCCCCCUGGUACUCCUCCUUCUGGUUGCAGACUCUUCCAGUCAGGUCGGCUAGCUCCAAAAAACCCAUCAUCUUCAUCUGCCAUCCCUCCAUUGUAGGGACUUCUUGUGUUUUCCAAUUCUUAGCUAACAAAAUUCUUGCUGCGGUUGUGGCAUACGAAAACAGAUUAACAUCUUUCUUGGGCAAUUCUAAACCUGUUAUUCCAAGAAGAAAGGCCUCUGGUUUCUUAAUAAAUGUAUAUUUCAACAUUUUUUUCAAUUCAUUAUAAAUCUUCUCCCAGAAGUCUUUCACCUUGGGGCAGGUCCACCACAUAUGAUAAAAGGUACCCUCCUUUUCUUUACUUUUCCAGCAUAGAUUAUCACUGUUAUGAUAGAUCUUUGCUAAUUUAUUUUACACGUGUAUUGCACAAGUUCAGCCCCUGCUGCUCAGAAGCUGCAUCGCUCAGCAUUUUGAUAGGUGUUGGAGGGACAUGCGGCUUCAGGUACCUCUUGCAAGUGCACGCAGCUGGCUGCUCUCUGCCACGGAUGGAAGGAUGAAGAACCAGGGGGACCUUUGGUUUGCUCUGGGGGGGCUCCUUUCAGUGCGGAUGAGUGACACAGCAGAUUAUGCAGAGCUGUUUUAAAAUUAGAUACCAAAAAGCAAGCCCAUUGGAAACCAAAAGCAUUAAAAAUCUUUAAAACAGUGGGGAUGCAGCCAGCUAAGUCAUAAUUAGGUCAAGUUCAUUUAUUUAAGACCCUAUUUCGGUAUCCCCAUUUCAGUAUUUCUGCCCCCUUAUUGUACAUUCAUAUAAACACAAAUUACUAGUAUUAAAAUGCACACAAUAAGCUGCAUGAAUAUGGAGAAGAAGAUUUUGAGAGACUAUGCAUGAAAGCAAGUCCUUUAAGCCUUCUGGUUUUGUGGUUCUGUAUAUAAUAGAAGAAAGAAGUUGGGCCGUAUCCAGUAUUGCGCCUGGAAGAGGGACUUCCUCCCCCCCCCUUAGGUUUAACAUUCAGUACUAUUUGUCAAAACCUGUUUGUUUUCAGUGGCCGAGUUGUGUGUCUGUGACCUCCUGGUGGACCAGUGUGAUGUAAAUUGUUGCUGUGACCCCAUAUGCACUGCUGCAGAUUUCAGCCUCUUCACUAUGUGUUCAGUUCCUGUUGUCACGUAAGUGCUUGUACAUGCUUCAUGGCUUGAAAUAUAAAGAUGCAACUUUGAACAGAUUCAUAAGUUCAAGAAGGGUCUGUGCUGCAGUACAACCUCAGAAUAUGGGCAUAUGUCUGCCUAAAAACCAGUCUGUAACCCCAGUGCAGUGCAGCUUCUGAGCGGAAUGGAAAGACGAGCUGGUUCAAAUAUGCAGCUUUGAACAUGGCUUGUAGCACUGUACCACCCCAAAAUACUUGGGGGUAGGUACUGUAAUUUUUCUGGAAGCUUCCCCACAUCAGAAUGUCCAUGAAUGUGAAGGUCAGCAGAUCAGUCUCUCUGAUGGAUGAGUAUUCCAUAUACAGAGUGGUUUUGAAAUGGAGAUGUGUCUCUCUGAGUAUUCUGAGGUGGUACAGCCCCAUAAGAGUAAGAAGCUGCAUGUUUGAAUUAACUCCCCCCCCCCCGGCUUUCCAUUCAGGAACUUUUAUUUUAAUAGUAUUCAUAUAAAAUACUUUUGGUUUAGUUUAGAUAUUAAGAAAUGGUGCUUGAGACAGAAAAUACAUUAAGGAUUUUGUAUAUCUGUUGGGCUGAAAUAUUUUUCUCAUUUUCUUUAAAAAAAUCUCUGGGGCCUUUUUCAUCUGAAGAGCAGAGUAAAAAAUAUUUAAAUCAGAAGAAAGCUUUUUCCCCCUGGGGUAUUUAUUAACAGGGCUUUGUUGCAAAGGGAAAGCCAUUUUUCAGGCAAUCCAAGCUAUUGGCUAAGAGGAGUAGAAUUGGAGAAACUGAGCAAGUAGAGUUGAAUUUGCUCACAUACAUUAAUGUUGCCAAACUUCUACUAGCCAAGAAAGGAACUAUCUUGCCCUCUCAACCCCUUUUCUGACUUCUAGGAUGUUGCUGACCAUUACCCACAGUUUUUCAAGCUAGCCUUGCAGGUGUUAAAGCCACAAACUCACUGUAAGGUGCCAAAUGUAAGAUGAUGUUCUCUGAAUAUGCCGAGUUGUGCAUUUCUGAUAUGUGAUUAAUUGCACAAAAUCCAGCACAAAAUUCCUGGCUUUGAUAUCCCAGAAUUAAUUAAAAAGAAGCGUUGGAAUGCUUUUCAUAUCUCCAUACCGGAAGGAUAAUUCUCUACCCAUCGAGGGAUCUUUUGUAAGGAUGCAUUUAUGUAUACAGCAUGUGCUAUUCAUGUCCCACUGCUGCCCCCGCUCUGUCUUAUUAAAGCACCACACAUUAUGCAUGGGGAGCUUUGCUCUGGUUUUCUUUCUCUAGGCAAUCUAGCUGCUUUCCUCUUAACAGCUGUUUAUGCCUCUGGUAUUCUUGUAUGUUGUGAAUGAGACAACCAAAUAAAGCCAGGCUCGUUGGUGGCAUUUUUGUUGAAUACAAAUAUGCCAGCAAGUUUUUAUUGCUGCAUUCAGGGCUUGAAACACCGGUUUUGUUCCCUUUUUUUUUUUAAAGAAGAAGAUUGCUUGAAAUAACUGUGAAUUCUGGGGACAAAAGGCCACCCUUAUCAAACUAUUCCCUUCUCUAUACAUCAACCCAAUCUCACUGUGAGGGCUUAUUUCCAGCUCUGUGGGAAAUGAAUCACCCCAUCACUGGGAUUGAUGCUUGCCAUUGUUCUGGCCCACAUUGCUGAUUGCCACCCACGUUCAGGUACUUUCAGAGCUCUUAGAGACAGCAAAGCAAAAGUGUGUUGAAUUUUAGAUGAAUUUUCUGUUAUGAAAAGAAAUGUGGCCUUGCCAGUAGAGAGGCAAAUCACAUGUGUUUAUGUUCUGUGCUGUUCCCUCUGGAAAGUGCUGCUAAAAUGUCAGGCACUGUACGCAAACACGUCCUUGCAUUGACAUUCCUCUUACCAAUAAUCACUUAUUAACAAUAAAUACAAGUUGGAACUAAGGAAAAAUUAGAAACUUGAACUUAAAACGAACGAUAGAGGUGGCAGGUGAAGCCGCUGCAGGGGAGCUGAUCUAUAAUGUGCUCUCACUGUUUCUGUUAAAUUCUUCAGAGGCUCAGUUCCAUUCUUAUUGGUCAUAGCAGUAAUCACAUGUAUCAGGUGAGACAAGAGAUUCACUCAAACCUAUGUGACUGAGCCAGGAUUUGAAUCUAGCCCUCAGCAGAGUAAGGCUGGGCAAUAUCAGCUUUUCAACAUUGCAAUGUAUCACCAGCUAAACAUCUCAAUAUAGUGAUACAUCAUGAUGUUGAAAAGUGGAGGGAGGAACAAGCUGCAUUCGCCCAGACCCUGUGAGACGCUGGGGUGAAACUGCCUCUGCUCUCUCUUCACACACCUGCCUUUUGGGUGGCAGAAAAAGGGGAUCAGAAAUUCUCCACAAGGACAAUUAAGGUCCCUACAGUUUGUUCCAGUUUGGCUUCUGCUGCUGUUCAGAGGUGGCCGCGCAUUUACUCUUCUAGUAAAUAGAAAGCUUUCCUUUGUCUCAUACAGGAAACCAUUCAUUACUUUUAACAGUUUUAUUUUCAUGGGGCUAAUAAAAGGAAUAUACAUAUAUAAACAGAUACUGUGAUAUCACUCCAAAGGAAGGUUGCAGCUUGAAAAUCUAUUGAACAGUAUCUAAUAUUCCUGGUUAAACUCCUUUGUAUGAUUUGAUAUUGUUGCAUGACAUCAGUAAGGGUCUCCAGCUGUUUUAGACCCUUUUCCCAGAAUCAUUUGUAAUAAAUUAUCUUUAUCAUUUAUAUGCCUUGAUUUUAGUGUCUGAGGCUUGAGUGGUGAGCUAUAAUAGCACGUGGCUGCUGCAGUGUCAUGUCUGGUGCCAAAAGCAUUCCGUGGGCUGCUCCUGCCCUGUGUUAUAAGGAUGUCUUAUGUAAAAAGAGGUUUGUUUGGUUUUUUUAGCUUUAAUUUUUAUGUUUGUUUCCCCUGCAGAGGUGACAGGCAUCUCUGCAGGCAGCAAGAAGCUCUCUAUUCAAUAGAUCCAACAGCGCAUCCUCCAGAGAGGAUCUUUCAAUUAGCCGACAAGGUCAACCCCAGCAUUUUCUGUAUUCAGUCCACUAACAGUAAGUAGAGCCAAGUCGGGCAUGAAUCUCUUGUCUGGUUGAUUCUUCAAAGGCCUUGUGUUGAGGGUUGAGAUGAAGAGAGAAAGAAGAAGCCUGUCAUCUCUGUGUGUGUGUGUGUGUGUGUGUGUGUGCGCGCAUGCACACACACACACGGUGGAGAGAGGAUGAAAGGGAGACAUACAAUGUGCCACUCACUAAUCUCCAACUUCAUACUUUCUCUGUGGAAUUCCUUUGCCAGCAAUACAGUCAUUUUGUCGCAGUGUGUCAGAACUUCCUCCAAGACACUUUAAAGCGUAUAGUUGGCUCUUGCUUAGUCUGCUUCGUUUGUCUUUAGUUGCCUUUGCGUAUUAUGGCAAUGUUAUUUUACGGUUUUAUAUUUUUGCCCCUAUAAUUAUCCCAAUUAUUUCAUUAUAUCCUGCCUUUCAGGAUACAAAUCCUUCAAAGGUACCUUACAGAAAGCGGUAAACUACUUACCAAAAAGCACCCCCCAAUAUUUCUUGCUUCUUGCAUACUGCCUUCAGUAUGUAAAUGAAGGGGGGGCUUAAAAAAUCUUUUUAAAGUGUUUGUUGUUGUUUGUUUUUUAUUUGUGUUAUUUUUGUUGAAAAAUUAAGAAAAUAUAAAAAUAAUAAUACUUUAAAUAAUAAAAUAAGUAUUUCAUUAAUACAGUUGAUUUACUUUAGAGGGAUUUAUAGCAGGGUUGGGAAACUAGCCCUCCAGAUGCUUCUGGACUUCAGCUUUCAUGACUAUUGGCUGUGCUGGCUGGAGCUUAUGGGUCAGUGUCUAGCAGCUGUUUGGAAGGCCACAGGUCCCCAACCCCGUUCUGCAGGGUGAUACCCAACACAAAUUUAUUUGAUUUCAAUGUGUCAACUCUUGAGUGUGACUAACAUUUGAAUAUCGCCCCGUCCUGAAGACUUGAAGUUGGUAACAAAAGCUAAAAGCAGCCAAAUACACCUGGGUGUAUUUCAUUGGUUUCUGCUCUAGUCUUCCAGCCCCUGUUAACAUGUCUCCUGGACAUCGCUAUUCCUGCUCUCUGUACAUUUAUAGGGAUCAGGCGCGCCAGCUCCUGUGGGCCAAGAUAUCUUGGGCCUCCUCAAUGUUGAGGAGGCCUUCAUGCCGGCAUGUUCCUUUGACGAUCACCAGAGCGCCUUCGUCAAAGGUGUGCUGGCGAUCUCCGCCAGGGAGCCGGUUCGCCCUGGCACAUCCUUUUGAUGAUCACCGGGGCUCCGUCUGGGAAGGUGUGCUAGUGAUCUCUGCCAGGGACAUGGUGGGGCGAAGUGUCUUCUCCCUGGUGCGUCCUUUUCAUUAUCACUAAGGCGCCUUCCACACUAAAGCGCCUUGGUGGAGAGGGAAGAGGUGCCUUGAUGAGGCAGCCUCAGUCUCAUGGCAAUGAACAAAAGGUAAGGCAGUGAGCAGUUGGGGGAUGGCGGGCCAAGUCAGCCUGGUUGGGUUGGGGUGGCACGCACAUGACAUCAUGCACACACAAUGCCCCCCCCCAAAUGUUGGGUGCAACUUACAGCCUCUGAUGGGGUAGACAGUUUUCUUCCCCUUAUGGGUUGGUCCAUAGCAUGGUCUCAAUGGCCAUUCACACAUGCUCUUAAAGCAGUCUCUACCUUGUUUCCAAUCUUGUUGUCCCAAUACGUGGUGCCAUUUUUCCCGUGCGAUCCCAGAACUUCCAUGAGUCCCAAAAGUUCAGUAAGAAUAAACUCCAAAAUUCAGUUAAAUGUACUACAUUGAAGCGCUCUUUCUUCUCUACCCACCCCCAGACAAAGCUGCCUUAUCGUUCCAAGCCCCAGAAAUACCUACUAUGCACAAUUUUGAUAGGUUGCUUCAAGAAUUUGGCGACAAUACCUUUGGUAUUGAGAGCAACCUUGCACUGGAGGAUGAGUUGGACACCCGGCAGGCUACAAGUACAAACAGUACCAGCAAGUACAAGGUAAAGUGGGGAGGUACAUGUGUACACCCAUUUUGUUAAUUAUUUAUUCAAAGAAAGCUCUUUAGCCAGACUUUCAGAGUGGCUCACAUAUCAAUGAAAAUAGCAUAGUUUCUUUUUAGGCUUCCAGUCUAAAAAGACACAGCAUCUGAGGAAAAGGGAUGUGGAGGGAAAGCAAACUCAAGCACUAUAUCCUUAAUGUCCCAAGGUUCUUAGCAUUACCAGCUGGGAAGUGGGGUGGUUAUAGUUCAAAAUAAAACUGCCUGUGUUUUUUUGUUGACAGUAUAACGAUCCCAUACAGACAUCAGAUGGGUUCCUAAAUCUCCCUGCUCCUCUCUUCCUCGCCUGGUGUACCCACGGUAACCCUGCAGGUCAGAGAUUAUGUGUUGUCCUUUCCUGGCUCUUUCUACCCUGCUGUUUGGGCUUUAUCUGAACAACAACAAAUAUUGCUUAACUUUGUAAAUAUGUAACCUGCCUUUCCACCAGAUGGCGCUCAAGGCAGCUAACAAGUAUUUUUAUUUAUUAUUUAUUAAAUUUGUAUACUUCCCUUCCUCCGAAGAUCACAGGUUGUUUCACAACAAAUAAUAUCAUUAUUACCACUACUAAUAUAUCAUAUUGCUUAAUAAUGUCGUUUCUAAGUGUUGUUGCUGCUGUUAUUAUUCUGCAGUAUAAUCAAUUAAAUUGCAGUAAAAUGUCAAAUAAAAAGCAUAAAAGGAAGACAGGUUAAACAGCAGUAAAACCAGGAGAGCAAUUACUGAAUCUCUGUGUCCAUCGCAACAUACUUACAGGCCAGCAUGUCUAAACAAAAAGGUCCCUAUCCGCUGGCAAAACGUUUUAGUGGUUUUGUUUGACCGCCGAUGUGCAGUUGGAUUUAUUAGUAGCCUGAAAAAAUAUUUUUGGCACUUCUCUUGUAUUUUGUGGUUUCUCCAGGGUUUCUUGUGAACCAGGCAGUGAAAUGCAACACGAUGAUCACGGGAGAUGCAUGCACCACCCUGCCAGGCCUCAGCAUGCAGUUCUACACCAGUUCUAGUGUUUUGGCUGUAGGUGAUUAUUUUGGGAACCAGCCAGAGGGUGGAAUUUUGCAUGUAGCAAACUGAGGGGUGGGGUAGGAAAUCGGGAUUGCACGUGUAUUUGCUUUUUAUUCAGAAAUAAAAGUAAGCACCAUUUGUAGCGGCAGCUAUAACUUACGUUUGCAGGACCCCCAGUUCUCUAACAAGAAUUGAAUUUCAUUAGUGGAGGAUUCUGGGAUGGAGGCUUAAUCGCUUGUCACUUUUGCUAAUGCAGCUGUGUCUAAAAUGCUUCUUCUUUAUUAUUCCCGCUAGGCACCAGAGUCAAGUCUCGUGGUAAGUGUCUCUUUAUUCUGUUUGAGAGAUUUGCUGUUUAUAUGCGGGCGCUUUGUAUUGGAUAUAGUCUCUUACUACACUGAUGCUACAAUCAAGGCUUAAUUGCCUCUGAAUUGACCUUCCAGUUAAGUGGGGCUCUGAGUCAGCCGCCAUACCAGUGGUGAGGGCUCUACAAUUGUUGGUUGGCUGGGCCAAAAACCUGGAGCCACAAGGCUUCUCUUCCCCUUUCCUUUUCACAAUUGCAUUCAACACCCCCUCCUGGUCUUUUCUGGAGGAAGGUGCUAGCAAAGUGCACACUGGGUUGGUGGGAGGGUUGCUGUUUAAAAGUGCCCUGAGAGCCUUUGUAAAAUGAUGAUUACUAUCUCCCCAUGCUGAUCUUUCUGAAGAGGAGGGCCAUCACAGAGAGGAGGAGUGUAGCUUCAAGUAGUGACAUCCAAGUCUCUUCCUCCUCCUCCUCGUCCCUGUCCUUUUCCAAGGGAAGGGUCAGCAGGGGGUGGAGUGCUGGCUUAAAUCUUCUUGGAUAAAAAGCGCUCAAGCCUUCCCUGCUCUACUUACUCCUCUAAAUGUUCCUAAGGUUUUGCAUGUGUUUUUGUUCCCCUCAGCAUUUUUUGGAUUUGUUUUCUUUCCUUCCUGUACAUCAGAGCUUUCCAAGCUUUCUCCCACGGAAGCUCUGCGCGUCAGUUUCUCAGCCAUGCAAAUGUUGUAAUUUUCAGAGGGUACUCCCCUAGAUAAAGCCCUGAGAAGCUUAGUGAAUGUGCCAAGUUCUCUUUGCCUGGUUUGUGGGCAAGAUUGCAGCAGCUGGAUUUGUUGAGGCUGAUCCGUUGUAUUUUGCAGGUGAAUAUCACCAUCCAGUCCAUAACCGUGCAGAGUCCAGAGGGGCUGCGUACGCGUUUGAAGAACACUGAUGCUCUGAUUCUCCCCACAUUGAAUGGUCAGUCAUGCAGUAACGUGGUCCUGGAGGUAAGUGUGCAGUUACCAUUUCAACUCAGCAUUUCUUGAAAAGACAGGAGAAGAGGCUUGUAUAGUGGUACCUCGGGUUAAAUACUUAAAAAUUAAUUUAGUUUUUAAAACCUCAUGAAGAACUAUGUCCACAUUAAACACAACCCAAUUUUAUUUUUAUUUUUGAAAAAAUGUCACCACAAAAGUCUUUGUGCCUGCCAAGGAUUGUAGCCAGCCGAUUUUUGUUCAGAAUAGACUCAUUGGAAUUAAUGGACCCUUGUUACCAAUGUUCAUUCAUUUCAAUGGAUCUGUUUUGAGGAGGGCCGACAGUGGAUGCAGCCCCUCGUACAGACCCACAUACAGUGGUACCUCGGGUUAAGUACUUAAUUUGUUCCGGAGGUCCCUUCUUAACCUGAAACUGUUCUUAACCUGAAGCACCACUUUAGCUAAUGGGGCCUCCUGCUGCUGCCACGCCGCCGAAGCACAAUUUCUGUUCUCAUCCUGAAGCAAAGUUCUUAACCUGAAGCACUAUUUCUGGGUUAGUGGAGUCUGUAACGGAAGCAUAUGUAACCUGAAGCAUAUGUAACCCGAUGUACCACUGUACUCCAUUCUGGAAACCAGGUGACAUGUAGAACUGUAAACAAACUUCAUCAAAAUAAAAAGCUGGGCCAUGCAGACAGGUGGUCUGUUCUAUUCCUUACCUUUUGGUCAACCCUUCUAACUUGCAUUGAAAUAUAGCUGCUUAACUCCCCCUGCCCUCUAGAUUUCCAGUUAUGAACAUAAAAUAGCAGGCACUUUGCCAGCAGGCGUGAAGAGCUGGUUCUGCUGGACCCAUUUUGCUCAAAGGAUCAGAAACCAAAGGACUCUCUGUUACGUCUAGAGCAGACUCUGCAAAGGCUGCUCUGGAGAGUUCUCCCAGGAAACGCAGACAGUGCCUUCAUUCAUUCGUGCUGCAUUUUCCUACUGGAUUAUGCCCAAGGCAGCUGAUAACAGCACUGGAUGAACAAUAGUAACAGUUAAAAACAUAAUAUAAACCAUCAAGCCCAUUCUAAAAUCCUACCUCAUGGUGAAGCACUUUCAACUCUGCUGUGGAAAACGCCUAAUAACCACGUGGAACUGAGUUUGCUUGGUUUUCAUCCCUUGUUACCCUGCCCUACUUUGUUUUCUAAAAAAACUCCUAUCCCUCAUAUUUUCAAAUAAGAAUUUAAUACUGCUUGCAGCUACAAAAAAGGAGCAUAAAAACAAAACAGUACAUAAAAUCAACAUCACAAUAAUGCAACCGUUAGAAUAUAAAGCAGAAAUUUCAGCAAGCAGCCAUCUUUCUCCCUCUGGGUUCCCUACCCCACAUCAGUAUUUGGAUUGUAUGGGACAAGGACCUGUAUUUUGCUUCUGUUACAUGAUGAGGUGAAAUGUAUGCCCAGGGCACUAUAUAAAUCGGAUGGGCAGUCUUAAGCUCGAGGGCCAAAAGUGGCCCUCCAGGCCUCUCCAUGUGGCCCUGGGUACUCCACCCAGGCCACACCUCUUACCAGCCCUACUUCAUACCCUUGUGUGUCUUUGACCUCUUGAUUUCCUGGACGGAGCGGAGAGAAACUAGCCUGCUGAACAAAAGUAACAUUUGCAUUUGUUGCUUUGCUCUCUUGUGUCUCUGGCCUUGCCAACUGGUGGCCUGUGCCUUCCCCUGGAAGGUUGCCCAGAUGGCAGUGUGGCUCUUGGUCUGAAAAAAGGUUUCCCGUCUUGGAUAUCUUACCUUGUUACAUAUAAUAAAAAUGUAAGGACGUCGCCAUACCGCAGUUUGUGUAGCUGCUGAAUGAUGGUGCUGCAAACUACCGCGUGACAACAGAACAGCAGCGUUGGAGAGUGAAGAGGAGAGAGACAUGGGCAGGCAAGCAAACAGGUGGACAGCCCAGGCUAGCCGCUCAGGUGGUGGGUGGCCCAGGCAAGCUGUGGAGGAGCAGCCGUGACAGGCUGGUGGAGCUCCCCACCUCACACUGAAGCCCCCUUUUUGGCUUCAGCGACAUUGGAGGCUGAGGAAGAAGGACAUGGAGGCAGGAGGGGACUCCAGGCAAACAGCUGAGGAAGUCAGGACAGGCUGCGGCAGCUCCCCAGCAAGUGUCCUGGUCUCCUGUUGCUGCCCUUUGUUUCCCUUCUCCUCACCCUUCUAAAUGGUGUUGUCAGUGUGAGGUGGGCAGUAUGACGUGGGGGGGCAGGAUCAAGAGGAGGAGGACGGAGAGAGUGUGAUUUGGGUAAGCUGUAAGGCAUGGGUAGGCAAACUAAGGCCCGGGAGGCAGAUCCAGCUCAAUCGCCUUCUAAAUCCGGCCCACGGAUGGUCCGGGAACCAGCGUGUUUUUACAUGAAUAGAAUGUGUGCUUUAAUUUAAAAUGCAUCUCUGGGUUAUUUGUGGGGCAUAGAAAUUCGUUCAUCCCCCCCCCCAAAUAUAGUCUGGCCCCCCACAUGGUCUGAGGGACGGUGGACCGGCCCCCUGCUGAAAAGGUUUGCUGACCCCUGCUGUAAGGGGAGUGGGGGCAUGGCUUGGGGGAUUGGCAGGGUUGGCGAGUGAAGUCGGCAGAGGUGGCAGCCCUUAGUAAAUGAUAAAGAGCUGUGGACCUUCCUGUUCGUUAAGCUGCAUUUGUUUUUUGUUUUUCAGGCAAGUUACCUUAUUACCUUCACAGAGGCAGGUGAAAUUGCCAGUGCGGGUGUAUCUUUGAUCCUGGGGACCAUUAACAUGAUGGCACGUUUUGUAUUGCAGUCCUUUGAGAUCCGUUUCAUUCAAGUAAUUUCCCAAAUUAUUAUUUUUAAGAUCCAAAAAGAUUUAACAAAACAAAAGUUUAAAAAGGUUACAUGAUAUUAUAAUAUAACACAAAUUCAAUUACUGUGGCUGCAUUCGUCCCAUACAAUAACCAAUCUAUGUCUCCUCUGUGCAUGGUUAAUUUUGCACAUUAAUUUGUCUAAACAUCCAUAAUCACCUCCUAAUAUGUUGGUCCUGAUGAUCAUAUGAUUAUUCUAGUUUUUUUAUCUUACAGAACUUAACAAACUUUAUAACAGCUCAGUCUGUAUUUCACCCAACAUUGUGUAUAGGUUUUGAUUACAUCUUACACUUUCCCCAGUAUCUAAUAAAUAAACUCCACUUCUCAACAAAUCCGUUUUCUUGAUAUCUUCCUUCUCUGGCCCUUAUUAAAUUCGUUAAUUUAAUCAUCUUGGUUUAAUCAGGCAAGCAAUGUCCCAGAUUCUUAUUAACCCAAGCCUCUAUUGACAGAUGCUCUGACUUUUUCCAGUCUUGGCAGAUAAACCUUUGGGCUGCAGCUUCCCAAAAUAUUUUUAAUAACUUUGUGGGAAGCUGGUUUGUAACAAUGUUUUAGAGCUGAUGGCGGGUCGGGGCACAGCUGUCUUAAAAAAUCAAGGAUUUCAGUCACUCAGUGUGUUCCUGUUUUCCCAAAGCAUAGGUUCUGAAAAUCAUUUCUACCUGUGUAUCUUCUGCAUGUACCUGAAGCAACAAUGUAAUAAUAACAUGAGCUCCAUUAUUCAAAUGGUUUACUGCUUAGAAAACAGUAAUUCAAUUUAUCUAUAAUCCUGAAGGAGAUUUUUCCUAUUAGCUGCUUGGCCACAAAUGGUUAAUGGAAAAUUAAGUGGUAUUGUAUUUUGUGUCCCCUCCGCACACAGCAAGAAACUCAGCCUGUUCGUCUCAGCGGAAGCCCUGGUUAUGUUGUUGGCCUACCAAUAAAAGCUGGAUUUCGGACUCCUGGAUAUCCUUUUUUCAUGACUUAUCACAGCUCUGCAGAACUGUCCCUGCCUGGGAAAAAGUUACAUUUCAUAGUGCUCAUUUCUUUCAAGGCUGAAUCAGUUCCGGCUUAUUUCUCUGAGAAAUUUUAAGUUGUUCAAUCCCGAACUGAAGACAGUAGCCCCAUGUGGGAAAGAAUACUAUGAAAUUAGCAAUUUCUAAAUUUUCUCCUGGAAACUGGUGCCAGACUGUCAGCACAGAAUUUACCGUCUUACUCCAGCACACACAACAGAGCAUUGCCAAUUAUCUUGGCUGUUUUGGGAGUUUUAGUGGGAUAAUGGCCGAGGGUUUUUCUUUUGGUUUUGCCUGUUUUGCUUUUCUGAACUCGCUGAGCUGGAAGAAGCCACGUCAUUUUGUGGGUGAUGCUUGGCUUUGGGCAAGCUGUUUAGAAGCCGGAGAGCUAGCUGGGCAUGGUGGGGCUUGGGCUCUCUGUCCAGCGUGGGUAGGGGGCUGGAGGGGAUUCUCCUGCCACCUCUGUAUUCUUGCAUCUGGCUUUUAGGGGAAGGGGCAGUUAGUAGCUCAAUUGCAGGGCACAUGCUUUGUGCACAGAAAGUUCCAGGAUCAAAGAAUGGCCACCGCCUGGAGCAAGUAAUAAUGCUCUGACAAGGCAGCUCAGAGAUUAAUAAUAAUAAUAAUAAUAAUAAUAAUUAAUACCCCGCCCAUCUGGCUGGAUUUCCCCAGCCACUCUGGGCGGCUUCCAACAGAACACUAAAAUACAAUAACCUAAUAAACAUUAAAAGCUUCCCUAAACAGGGCUGUCUUCAGAUGCCUUCUAAAAGUUUGGUAGUUCUUCUUCUCUUUGACAUCCGGUGGGAGGAAGUUCCACAAGGCGGGUGCCACUACCGAGAAGGCCCUCUGCCUGGUUCCCUGUAACUUGGCUUCUUGCAGCGAGGGAACCGCCAGAAGGCCCUCGGCGCUGGACCUCAGUGUCCGGGCAGAAUGGUGGGGGUGGAGACGCUCCUUCAGAUUCUGGAUGUUGUGCAGUUUCCCUUUGACUCUACAUUUACAUCUGGAAUUGUUCAGAGCACAAAUGAAGCUGGCCAGCUUACCCUCAUGAAGAGCACACCUGCUCAGGAUUGCUUAGCUGUGGAAGGAGUCAGAACCCCAGUAUUGUUUGGGUACAGCAUGCUGUCUGGAUGCCAACUACGGUAAGGGCUGAAACCAGUCGACAGGCCAUAUGCCAUUUCCUACUCUUAAAAGGUAAAGGGACCCCUGACAGUUAAGUCCAGUUACGAAUGACUCUGGGAUUGCGGUGCUCAUCUCCCUCUAUAGGCCGAGGGAGCUGGCGUUUGUCCGCAGACUUUUUCCCCGGGUCAUGUGGCCAGUGUGACUAAGCUGCUUCUGACGCAAUGGAACACUGAAACCAGAGCAGCACACAGAAACACCGUUUACCUUUCCGCCGGAGCGGUACCUAUUAAUCUACUUGCACUUUUUGGAGUGCUUUCGAACUGCAAGGUUGGCAGGAGCUGAGACUGAGCAACAGGAGCUCACCCCAUCAAAGGGAUUCGAACUGCCAGCCUUUUGAUCAGCAAGCCCAAGGCUCAGUGGUUUAGACCACAGCGCCACCAGCAUCCCAUUCCUAUUCUUACUUCCAUGCUUAAGAAAUUGUUCAUCACAAUGUUGGGUUGCAAGGAAAAUGCUGGCAUCUCACUUAGCAGAGUGGCAGAGUUUCAUGCCCCUUGGGUGCCUCCAUCUUGAAUUUGGGACUUUGCUUCAGCAAACAUGGUCUAAUGCAAUUCCUUGACACACACUACUCCCUCCUCCUGCUUUGUCCCUUCCAAUACCCUUUGCUUGGGCAUUUCUAAGAGAAAGAGAGAGAGAUCUCUCCUGUAACAAUUUCAGAUGUGGUAGCUGUAAAGCUGAUUUCCAGCACGCCAGGGACAGGCCCGGCAGGCCCAUGAGGCAAGGCGAAGCAAAUGCCUCAGCUGGCUGGAUCCACAGGGGCAGCAAAUUGCGUAGCCAAGGAAUGCAUUGCCCGCCGCUGCUAUUGCAGCAACAGCUGCAUGCUCUUUGGUGACCAGAUCUGCUGCCUCCUCCUCAGCAGCAGCACCCCCCUCAACGCCACAUCUUCAGCAGCCUCUUGUUCCUGGUAUAGAUCUUCAAUCACCCCUUCUUCCCUGGUGUGUUUGGGGGAGCCAUUUUGUGGUUCGCUUCAGGUACCAAAAUGUAUUUGGUCAGCCCUGGCCUGUGGGGUAGGCACUUGCCACCCCCUGCUCAAAGUGUCAUUCUGGCAAAACUGAGUUGCCAGCCAAGGUUGCAUUUCCACUGUUAGGGCAAUUGCCAGUUUACUGACUGCAGACCCCCUCUUUGCAUUUAUGCUAACUUCUUUGAAAUGAAUGAAACUCACCUUUUGACUCGGGUAGACAAAAUGGAGGAAUGGGAACGGUGUAAGUGGUUUUCUGUCUCUCCCCCCCCCCCAAAUAUACAACCCCGCCUUACAUUGCCGGUAGCACCGUCGCAUUGAUUAGAAUAGCCAAAUAUGGGAAUGGCGUGGUUAGACUGCUUCACAGGUAGCCUUUAAGUGCUGCUCUUGACGAGUGGUUCAUUAGUUGGUUGCCGUCCAGCACUGUUGACGCAGAAAUUUCUUUUCUGAAAGAAUUACCAAGGAUGCGGACUGCAGGCUCUUGGCCCCAGCGCUCCUGAGUGUGCUGAGGGGUCAAAACUUCCCAGACUACGUGGCCUCUUUUGGAGAUUCUCUGCCCCAGAAUGAACUGGACUGGCUGCAAAUUUCUAACAACGUCACCGAAGCGGUAAGAGUGUGUCCACCCUGCCCUAAGUCAAUAUGGGUAGCCAUCAGGUAAUUUUACUACUUUUGGCUCUCUAACUUCUUCAGCUGACUCAGCUGCAUUUUAAGUUCUGUCUUUAUCUGGGGAAAUGUAACAGCUGCAAUCCAGGAGGGUCUUCAGUAGCGUAAGUGGGGAUGGGGAUCCAUUUCAGGCAGUUGGAACGAGCCUGAAGUUCUCUCUUUUUUUGCCAAUGAUACCUUGUAGCUAGCAAAACGUCUGUCUCCUUUUUCAGAGCACCUGCGAAAUUCCCGUGUCAUUUCAAAUAGAAGUGAAAUGGACUAAAUAUGGCUCCUUAGUUAACCCCCAGGCAAAAAUCGUGAGUCUCACGGCAACGGUAAUGACAGCCGCCUUGCCCCAGGUGGGUGGCGAUCUCCUGUGAUAGAAGGGAGCUCCUCGCAUGUAUUUUUAACUAAAUUGGCUUUCACAUUUGCAAGGUUCCAUGUCUGUGUAUGAGACAGAUGUCUGGCUAAUGAAACUGGCUUUUCCCACUCAAAGGGAAAUCUUGGCACAUUGAAGGUUCUGUUCAUGCUUCCGCUCUAAAGGUGGCAUUGAAGUUGUCACCCCAGUAUGCUUAGAAGGAAGCUUUAUGGACUCCUGGGGUUCUGUAGGAGGACCUGCUGAGCAGCCGUCCUUUUUAGCUGUGGCGGUGGCUGGAACCCUGCAAGUUCCUUGUGGCUAAAGUGGAAAGAGGGAGGAAGGGACUCUCAGAAAUAUGGGUGGAAUGGAAAAAGAAAGAGAGGGAGGGGAAAGAGAGAGGUCCUUCUCAGCGGCCUGUUUUCCCCAGCUGCCCCCUCCCCACCCUUGCACUUCAGAAGUCAGCCAGCCAAUCAUUCGGCACGGGAGAGACACUUCCACUAGCCUGUUUGGGCCUCUUUGCAUUGCAUGUUUCUUUCAUUAACUGCCUUGAGCUUUUAUGUUGGUAAAGCAGGAGAAUAAAUGUGAUUGAACAAGCAGCACGGGACUGCUGCUGAAAGCAACCACUGCCCCUCUCUCCCCGUGGUACAGCUUGCUUUGCCCGCUGGUGCCCAUGCCCUGUCUGAGUUCUCCCAUGGCCACGUACCCUUGGAGCAGCCAGUGAUGUGGCGCUGGAAAUAGGGCAUGCAGUAUAAUGACAUCAGGACUCAGGGUAGAUUGUUCUACGUAUUAACAAGGAGCAGGGGCAACAAGAUGCAGAGUUGGCAUUUUCAGCAGGAGCCCUGUGUUUCUUGCAUUUUAUCUCUCCAGCAUGCCUGUUGUGUCUUCCUUUCAGUUCUGAAACUAGCUGCUGCUAAACCCCACAAUAGCUGGAAAGGAAAUGUUUUUGUACUGAGUUGGUGCUCUAAACAAGCACAGUCCUGAUCUUAAAGCUCUCCUGAUCUUGGCUCCUUAUCAUAUAUAUUCUGCCAGCUAACACUGACACAACCACCUCUUUUCUUUUGGAGCUCAGCAUUUGAUCUGUUCUGCAUGAUUCAUUCUGUGAAGUGAAACUUUUCUUUCCUGUCCUAAGCGGAGCCAGGGUGUGGAAUGCAUCUGCCUGUCUCUUGCAGGUUGACUCAGGAAGCGAACAAACAAUCCAGAUCUUCAGCUCUGCCACUUUUGUUGACGUCUCUGCGCCUGCUGAGCCGGGUUACAAAGCACGACCAACCAUCGAAGCCAACUUGCCCUUCGACUUUUUCUUCCCAUUUGUUUAGUCGCAGCGUGAGCUGCUUCUUCUUCCUUCCUUUUCUCAAUGCGAGAGCGAACCAGGUUUCAAACCACUCUUCCACUGGGAUCAAAGAUCCCUCCAAAAUAUUGACUGGCUGCAUGUCUGAAAAGGGAGUAUAUGGGGAAAGGAGCCCCAAAUAAGCCGUGGCAGGGUUGGACUAGAGGAGACAACAGCAGCAACUCCCCUCCAUAAUCCUGUUUAGCAGUGAGAGAGGGGGGUCCUUCGGCAAACGCAGCUUCCAUCAUGUGCUGCAGUGGAAGUUUUGUGGAGUACAGCUCAACUCCUGUGCUGUGCUUACCCCCCCAGGACAGAGCCAUUCCUCGCCUCCUCUUGUAAUACGUGGGCAGGGAAUUGUAAAGGAAGGAGCCGUGAAUCAAGAUGGCUAUACUUUGCUUCCUCCUCUCCUGGGAAGCUCCAGUUCCCACCACUACUGCCUCCCCCAAACUCACACACUUGGAUUGUACUACACACCUUGAUAUUUCUUCUGAAUUUAUUUUCCCCAUGUUUUCCAUUCUUGAGGACUACUAACUCCCCAAAGCCCACUGCAUGUUCCUAUAUUCAUUUCCAUGGUCCUGCAAGUAGGAACAGCUUAUUGUAAGACAUUGCUUUAUUAUUUUAUUUUAUUUUAUUUUUUAGACUAAAGGAAUUGCUGUGUCAGGCACACCCAGGAAUUUGGGGGGAGUUUGGGGGAAAAGGCCACUGACUCACCUGCCAUCCAUCCACCUUCCUCUUUAGGUACUUCAAUAGUAACUUGCAGUUUUGUGAAGCUAAUCAAUGUCAACCAGUUUCACAGAUUUGACUUUUAUUAAAUUAUUUUUGCUAUUUUUUAAAAACUGUACAGCUGUACAAUUAAAGAUUGUAAUAAUUGGUUUUCAGAUAUGUGGAUUUUUUUUUUCAAGACUUGAGUCUUAACAAGCAAUAGGGAUAGAAUAUUGUUCUAGGCAUGGAAGGGAAUGUACAAAAGAGUAUGUUCAAAAUGGCACAGUAUGGCGGCACUGGCUCCGUUGGGCCCUAGGAUGGCACCUUAUCUGGACUGGCCGACAAGUCCAUGUUGCUUCAACACAGCAUUAAGCCUUUCAAUUUCCAGCUCCUGUUGGAGAAGAGUAAUUCUGAGGUCAGUUUGGGAGGCUAUGAGGAACUACAGGACAUUCCCCCAGCUUUGAGGUGCGGGGGAAGAAGCAAAGAUGAAAAAAUGUCAAAACUUAAUCACUUUGUAACAGCCUCUCAAACAGCUUUUCAGAAGGCUAAAUGGAAAACCAGCCUAGGUGAACACUCAGCAUAAAUCACAUCCUAGGAAUAACCUGCACAUCUUUUGAGCUUGUGCGCUGUAAUGGAGAACAAAUUAUAUGCAGCCUUUGAUUGCUUGCAUCACCCACUAAUCCUCUGCAGCACAAAGAGGCAGCCAGCUUAUUCUGCCCCAGUCAGGAGUGGCGGAUUCUCACUGGCUACCCUAUGAAACCCCCACAAAAGGCAGGCACUGUGAACAUGCAUUAGGUCCAUGUGCUAGCUGCCAUCUGUCAAUUCCAGGGAUGGGACCUUGGGAGCCCAAGACUCUGAAGGGCACCAAUUUCACAGUAGGGUGGCCAACAGCCAGGGGUGAUGGCAGCUCUGAUCCAGGAACAUCUUGAGCGUUACGGGGUCCCUCUACUUGCUCUAGUCAGUGGGAGCACAUUGCAAGAUCCACCUGACUCUCCACGUCUUAAAAUACGGUGAUUUGUUCAAGAGCGCUUACCCAUCGUGAACCCAAACGCCUGUUUAGACAGUUAAGGGAGCCUGGAGCGCAGAAGCAAAACUUGAGAGAUAGCAGGGGGAGCAUCAGCUUAGAGGGGCUCUUGAUGUUCUCACCUCUCAAAAGGAAUACAUCAGUGAUGGGGAACCUCCAGCCCAUGGGCCUAAUCGCAUGGUCCGUGUCCUAACUUGUCACAUGCAUCUGCUUUCCCUAAGCCAACUCGCCCGCCAUGUGCCUGGCAUCUAUGAGGUUCGGUGAUGGGCUGCUAAAGCUGCUCCCUGUCCUGUGCCUUUGCUGCUGUGACUUAAUUUCAAGCUGACUCAGUUACAUGCAGCUGGAUCAGAGCUUCAGCCACUGAAAACAUGGCCUUACCUUCUCUGCACAGCUAGCUUCCAUCUCCUGGACCUUUAGGGUGAGUUGCAGGUUGGCUUGCUUCAGCUUGGACAUCUGCUGCUCAGACCGUGUUUUCACCGACAAGAUGAUUCCUUGGGGAAUGGAUACAGAGGACAAGAAAGUUAGCCAGGCCCUAUUGGCUGAGACCCAGGGAUCUCCUUCACAAGCUCUUUACAGCGGUUAUCCUCAGAACUGUCCUCUAGGAUGUUCCUCUCACCGGAAAGAGGAGAGGGAGGCUGGAGAGGAAGCAGCUGGAGCUGAAUCAAGGCCCUCCAGCUGCAGGUCCAGUUUUAUCUGUUGGUUUGCAAGCAAUUAUAUCUGUUGGUUUGGGACGCGGGUGGCGCUGUGGGUUAAACCACAGAGCCUAGGACUUGCCGAUCAGAAGGUCAGCGGUUUGAAUCCCCGUGAUGGGGUAAGCUCCUGUUGCUCGGUCCCAGCUCCUGCCCACCUAGCAGUUCGAAAGCACGUCCAAGUAGAUAAAUAGGUACCGCUCUGGCGGGAAGUUAAACGGCGUUUCCAUGCGCUGCUCUGGUUCACCAGAAGCGGCUUAGUCAUGCUGGCCACAUGACCUGGAAGCUGUACACCGGCUCUCUUAGCCAAUAAAGCGAGAUGAGCGCCACAACCCCAGAGUCGGUCACAACUGGACCUAAUGGUUAAGGGUCCCUUUACCUUUACCUUACCUUGCAAGCAGACUGGUAUUGCCAAGCGUUAUGGGCUAAGUCACAAGAAUCUACAUGUGGAAACAGUCUCAGCAGACCCAAGGGAAGAAUGGCGAUAGAGGCGGCAGAAAGGGUGAAAACAAGGCAGUGUGUGCGCGUGGGACAAAGCCACAAGCAGUGUGCACUCCUGUUAGGAAGGGCCUGGAGGCCUGGGAAGAGAGGUCAAGGAUACCAGGAAGAGGGGGCUGGAUUUGAAUGAUCCAGAAGUCUCUGGAAUUCCUCUGCCCACAAUCAAAUUCUGCUAUACAAUCUACUUUAGAACAAUGGAUCAAGGAUAUUGAUUGCCAAUAUUCUUUCUCAUGUGCUCACAGAAUUUGCUCUCUAGUAUUUUUUUUAGUUUAACAUGCGUCUUCUAGAUAUGCCACAUAUCUAGGUCAUUUGACAAAGUAUCGCCAGGCCUUUUCUAGGCCCAGAUAUAACCACCUCCCUUUACAGUACAAAGAGGCGUCCCAUGUGAGGACUGUUUGUGUCCUUGUGGAGAUAGGAAGUAGUCAAAACUUUGGGUCAGGUCUUUGUUGAAUGUAAUCUUCAUAGAGAAGGUCACAAGAGAUUAUUCCCCGCUCCAAAAUAAGGAAGCAUCUUGGAAGGUCACUGGAACAGUACUCUGGAUAUUUCUCGGCUGAUACAAACAAGUUAAUAACAGAGAUAAUGGCCAACUUCCUGUUCUCUACUCAAAGGUCUUGUACACUGAUUCUAACUGCAAUUUGUAUCUCAAAUUUUAUCUUUGUACUAUGUACUAUGUAAUAUAUGUUUUAGUCAUUUGCUUCAUGUUGUAAGUGAAUGUUUUAAAUUGUCAACUGUUCUAUUUUGAUGGGUCUGUGGCCAAAUAAUAAAAUGAUU